AUGGGGAUGGAAAGCGAUAUGGAGAUUGAUCCUCUUGAUCAGCAUGGCACCAAGCGCACAGCAGAGGAGCCCGAGCCUCAGGAACACCCCAGGCCAAAGAAGAUCAAGGCAUUAGACCCCGAUGUCGUGAACAAAAUUGCUGCUGGAGAGAUUAUUGUUGCUCCAAUGCACGCGCUGAAGGAGCUCAUUGAAAAUGCCGUCGAUGCUGGCUCCACUUCAAUCGAAGUUCUGAUCAAAGAAGGAGGUCUGAAGCUGCUUCAGAUUACCGAUAAUGGCCAUGGCAUUGAUCGGGAUGAUCUUCCCAUUCUUUGCGAAAGAUUCACUACUUCUAAACUCAAAGAAUUUGAAGACUUGACUUCUAUCGGAACCUAUGGAUUCCGGGGUGAGGCUCUAGCUAGUAUCAGUCACAUCGCACAUCUCACCGUUACAACGAAAACCGCUGGGUCAAGUUGCGCCUGGCGAGCACAUUACGGUGAUGGGAAAUUGAUACCGGCAAAGCCAGGCCAGAGUUCUGCUCCCAAGGCAACAGCUGGCCGAGGAGGGACUCAGAUCACUGUCGAGGAUCUCUUCUACAACGUCCCCACUCGACGUAGAGCUUUCCGCUCCGCAAGUGAGGAAUAUGCCAAAAUCCUCGACGUCGUCGGUCGAUAUGCAGUACAUUGCUCUGGGGUCGCCUUCUCAUGCCGUAAGCACGGCGACUCUGGCGUGAGUAUCUCGACACCAGCGAGCGCGAGUAUUGUCGAGCGGAUCCGCCAGAUCCACGGCAGUGCCGUAGCGAACGAGCUCGUCGAGUUCAAAGCCGAGGACACGAAAUACGGAUUCCGUGCAUCAGGCUACGCUACCAACGCCAACUACCACGUCAAAAAGACUGUGAUCCUGUUAUUCAUCAAUCACCGCUCAGUUGAGUCAACUGUUGUCAAGCGUGCAGUCGAGCAGACCUACUCUUCAUUCUUGCCCAAGGGCGGCCAUCCUUUCGUCUAUCUCGACCUCGAGAUCGAGCCCAACCGUGUCGACGUCAAUGUGCACCCAACAAAGCGAGAAGUGAACUUCCUCAACGAAGACGAGAUCAUCGAGCUGAUAUGCACCGAAAUCCGCUCCAAGCUAGCCGAGGUAGACUCAAGCCGCACAUUCCUUACCCAAAGCCUCCUACCAGGCAUACAAACGAUUGAGACACUCCACCGCGAGCAAGACGCCUCACAAACCGAAACCACAACCAGAACUUCAAAGGGUCAUGCAACACCCAAAACACCCGCAGCAACAAAACGGCCCUACGAAAACAACCUCGUCCGCACAGAUUCCAAAGUCCGCAAAAUAACAGCAAUGCUCGCCCCAUCUAUACCCUCCAACGAUCCAACAAACCCAGACCUACCCCCAGACUCCACAACCCAACCAACCCCCCUAGACACCACCCUCCAAUACGAAACCACAAACCGCCAACCCCUAAAAAUCGCCCUCUCAUCCGUAAAAUCCCUCCGCGCAGCCGUCCGCGCAGAAAUGCACACAACUCUAACAGAAACCUUCGCCGCCCACACCUACGUCGGCCUCGUCGACUCCCGCCGCCGUCUAGCAGCCAUCCAAUCCGGCGUAAAGCUCUACCUAAUCGACUACGGGCUAACCUGCUCCGAAUUCUUCUACCAAAUCGGUCUAACAGACUUCGGCAAUUUCGGUCUAAUCCGUCUAGACCCUCCGCCGAAGCUGGUAGAUCUGCUUAAAAUCGGCGCAGACGCAGAACGAGAAGAACAACUUUCCGCAAGCGCAGACAAGACAGAAGCAGAGAGUAUCUUUGCAAACGCGCCGGAUGCGAUUGCCGAGACACUGAUUGCAAGACGCGAGAUGCUGAAUGAGUACUUUUCGCUGCAGAUUAGCGACGAGGGCGACUUGCUCACGAUACCAUUGUUGUUGAAGGGGUAUUUGCCGGCGCUGGCGAAGCUGCCGCGGUUUCUGUUGAGGCUUGGGCCGUUUGUGGAUUGGAGUUGUGAGGAGGGGUGUUUUAGGACGUUUUUGAGGGAGUUGGCGGCUUUUUAUACGCCUGAGCAGUUGCCGGUUCCUGAGCGGAAGGUGGCGGCUGAGGAGGGUGUGGGGAGUGUGCCGGCGAGAGUUGAUGGGGAGGAGGAUGAAGAGGAAGAUGCUUUUGUUGAGGCUCGACGUGCGCAGAUGUUGCGCAUGUUGGAGUAUGUUGUUUUUCCUGCUAUGCGUGCGAGACUGGUUGCUACGUCGCGGUUGCUGCGGGGUGUUGUUGAGGUUGCUGAUUUGAAGGGGUUGUAUCGGGUGUUUGAGCGUUGCUAA